UUAUUUCGACGCACAUUUUGGUUCGGUUGUUCAGAUUUCUGAACAAACAUGGGACGAAUAGCAAGGAAAAAACAACAUAAAGGUGACAAACCGUUGAAGGAGAAAUAUCGCACUAAGCGAAAAACCAAGGACUUAGACCAAAUUCAUGUGGACAUGCGACCGGAGAACAGUGAGAGGCUGCUGAAUCAGGACGUUGAUUUAGACAAGGCAGGCGCUGGCCAGUUCUACUGUCUACACUGCGCGAAGUACUGUAUCAGCAAGGCUGCUUUAGAAAGUCAUUUUAGGAGUAAGCCUCACAAAAGGAGGAUAAAGGCUCUGCAGAUAGAACCUUACACACAGGAAGAGGCGGAAAGAGCAGCCGGAAUGGGAUCCUACAUGGCUCCCAAAAAGGUCAAAGUUCAAACACAGCCAUCAAAAGAUGCAACAGAAUCAACAGGACUCAUGGAUACCUAGGCAGUACAAUAUACAAUGCAGAAUCAACUGGACUCAUGGAUACCUAGGCAGUACAAUAUACAAUGCAGAAUCAACUGGACUCAUGGAUACCGAGGCAGUACGAUAUACAAUGCAGAAUCAACAGGACCCGUGGAUACCGAGGCAGU